UCCCGACGGCAGAUUGAUGACAGUCAGCGACGCCGGUCGAGCGCAGGCUCAGAGCAAUGUGCCCACUACCCCGAUCGAACUCGCAAAAGGGUACGUCAACACCUCUCUUGACAUCGACAGCCGCUAUCCCGAUCUGGAUCGCAUCAUUCAGCAGAGCCAACUCUCCGAGUACUUUUUCUCGCCGCCCAUGACUGCUUCGACCGCCUACGGCAACCCGAAUCCAGGAUCGGAUAUCGGUCCCUGGACCCCGUUCACGCGCACGCACAUCUCCAACAUCCCGGAUAUCAUCUUUGAGCAAUACAACAAGACCGAGAGCUACACGCAGAUGGGCUUGUUCCCUGAGCUGCAGCGUGCCUGGAUUACCGUCGACAACAAGCUGUUCUUUUGGAAUUACAUGAGCGGCGAGGAUUUCCUGUCGUACGAGGAUCUGCAGCACACUAUCCUCUCGGUGCAGCUCGUGAAGCCAACGGCGGGCACGUUUGUCGAGUCGAUUAAGUAUUUGCUGCUUCUGGCUACUCCACUUGAGUUCUUCAUUCUUGCCGUUGCACCGCCGUCGGGUGGAUCUGACAUCCAGCUGUUUGAGACCGGCAUGUCGGUGCCGUUGAAGGGAUUAGAAGUGGACAAGAUAAGGGGCAGUGAUAAAACGGGUCGUAUUUUUGUCACCAAUCGGGGGACUGCCGAUAUCUGGGAGAUCACGUACUCCAACACAGAGAGCUGGUUUAGAGGAAAAUGCUCUAAAGUCUGUCAUACAAAGGGAGGACUUUCUGGAUUUGCGCCCUCAGUGGCUGAUGUGUCCAAGUUUGUGCCGACGGGUGUUAUGAAUGCGCUGUUUUCGUCUUCUAAAGCUGAAUCGAUCGUCGCUAUCGAGAUUGACGACUCUCGGUCGUUGGUGUACACGCUGUCGUCAAGAUCAACAAUCCGUGCAUACCACAUGUCUUCGCCCACGGAUCUCACGCUUGUGAUCACCUACACUUAUGCCUCGCUGUGCUCUCAUCUCCAGAUGAUCAACGCAGCCUCGCCACUUCUCGAUCCUCGCUCGACCGCCAUCGUCUCUAUUGAACCCAUUCGUCCGAUCGAGAGCACACAGAUCCAUCUGAUCGCUACCACGUCUACCGGCUGCCGUCUGUAUCUUCGUGCUGCGCGGUUAUACGGAUUCGAAUUUUCCAGCAAUCAGAGUGCGCCACCGACAAAUAUGCAAGUCAUUCAAGUCCGGUUCCCGCCGCGCGAGUCUUCGGCACAGGCGCCUUCAGUUUCGCGAGCGCUGCAAAAUACUCGGUUCUCAAAGAUCUUUUCUCCAGGAUAUUAUUUUGCCGUGAAAGAAGGCGAGUCUGGUGAUAGCGUGUUUGUGUCUGCGCCAGACACGGGCCGCAUCUUGUUGCAGUCCUUGACCUCUAACUCUGCACCACAGUUGGUGGAGACAUCCGCAUGGGCAGAUAUCGAAGGCUUUGUUCAGGAAAUCGCUUUGCUUAGCGCGCCGUUCCAGGUUGCACCGAAGCCUGAAGGAUUUGGUAACGAAGUGGCAGCGCAGUACACGCUCCCGCCUACGCAAGUGGCCAUCCUGACUAAUACUGGUGUGCAUAUCUACACACGUCGCUACAUGGUCCAGACCUUUGCCAUGCUCGGCAACCAUGCUCGCAUGUUUCUUGAGAUGUACGGUCGCUCGGAGACGUGCUGCACGGCAUUGAGUGUCGCGUGCGCUACGACUGGUCCCACCGGCGCGGUACCGCUUGAUGCUAGAGAAAUAGCCAGGAAGGCGUACAUAGAGUUUGGUGGCAAAGCCCAUCUCCGCGACGACAACUAUGGCGUCACAAUGAUCUCACUCGACAGUGUGCGUCUGAGUGGUAGAUUUGAAGGACUGUCGAUGUACAUGGCGCGCAUUGUUCGCGAUAUCUGGAAAGUACCGAUCAUCAAGCAAAUCAAGUCGCGUGAUGGAAAGAGCUUCAGCUACGCGACUAACGUAUCCGUCGACAAGCUGAAUGCCCACCACGCCGUGCUUUACGAUCUCUACCAGUUUUUGGAGCAGAACCAGAGCUACAUCGACGGACUUUCGGGACCAGAUCGAGUCCUUGGCGCUCUCGGCAGCAACAAUGCUCGCAUUGACGAACUGUCGUUGCAAGCUGAGCAUCGGGGAAUGCAUGCGCUGAUGACAUUGCUCAGACACAUGACCGAAGGUUUGUCGUUUGUUUCGAUGAUUGUCGAGCCGCGAAAGCUGAGCGAGAUCAUGAUGAACGUGUCCGGUGAGAGUCAGCAGCGGAUAAUCAAGCUCUCGUUUGAGGAUCUGUUCACCUCAGACAGCGGGACCGAGCUCGCGAACGAACUCGUGAGAGCAAUGGUGAACGUCAGUAUUUCGUCAGGAUCAUCUGUUGAUUCGGUUAUCGACGUCCUGCGGAAGCGGUGUGGAUCGUUCUGCUCGUCUGAUGCGGUGGUGCUCUAUAAGUCACUUGAGCUCUUGAACAAGGCGCGCGUGGCGGCGGCUACGGAUCCUGACUUGAAAAUGCACUGUCUUACAGAGAGUGUGCAUUUGUUGGGGAUGGCUGCCGGGACGAUUGUAUUCGAAGAGCUACAGAACGCGAUUUCGAUCUUCUUGUCUCUGGACUAUCAUCCUGGUGCGAUUCAGGUAGCUUUGAAGGCCGCGACUGAGGUAGACCGGGGAAACCAGGCGGUCAGCUACUUUGCCGACGGCAAGCCGGCCUCGGAUCCUCGAGAAGCAAUCUUCGCCAAGCGGGAGAAGUGCUAUCAGCUUGUGUUUAGUAUUCUGGAUGAUGUCGAUGCCCGGGUGAACAACGAUGUUGCAUCGCUGCAGCGAGAUCAGCAGCUGUCGCCCGGCGGUAACACCGUCGUCAGCGCGCCCGAGACAAGGUACACGCAGCUUCAACUUGAGACGUAUGGAAUUGCGUACGACUCUCGCGAUGAACUGUUCCAUUACUUCUUUUAUGACUGGUUCAUGGAGCGCGGUCUUUCCGGUCGUCUUCUCGACAUCGACACGCCUUACAUCGAGCAAUACCUGCAGCGCAACGCGCUCCUAAAUCUUGAGAUUGCAGACUUGCUGUGGACGUUUUACUGCAAGAAAGAGGAGUUCCUGGCGGCCAGCGAGGUUCUCUACCGUCUUUCGCGGUCUGAUUUCGACUUGCCGUUGUCUCAGCGCAUCGAGUAUCUUUCUCGAGCACGUGGCUUCUGCAACUGCUACGGUCCUCCAGGUCAGCGCCAGGCAAUGCUACGACUCGGCCAGCGGACGCAGGAUGAGUUGGAAGUGGCGUACAUCCAGGACGACUUGCUCAAUGCGGUGAAGGAAGAUGACAGGCUAAAGGGCGACGAGCAGAGACGUGCUGCGCUGAUUGAUAAGCUAGACGGGCUCGUGCUUGAUCUUACUACGCUGUAUAAUGAGUUUGCGUCGCCGUUGGCAUACCAGGAGAUCUGCGAGGCGAUUGUGAAGGCAGCGUCGUGAGGAGGGUAGGAGGAGUGAUGCUUGUAUGGUAUGAUUAUAAGAUUAUGUUACGGAGUGUGUGCCUAAAUUGUAAAGCUUGAUGGCAUUUGUAAUUGAAUAGUGUAAAAGUAGAAGCCCAAUAAGCCCAGUUUCGUGAAUUCAUAGUUUGGGUAUGAGCAGUACAGC